AUGUGCCCGCGCAUCGAUAGUAUGGUUUCAUUGACGCCAACAUUAGUUUUAUUAGGUUCUAUGCUUUGGGUGAAAGAAUCGAGAGCUGGGAUACUUACGAUGCUUGACGAUGAAGUAGCUGCAUUGUUCAAACUGAUGAAAGCAUACUCAACCUCCGAAAGUAAACUUCCAAGUACAAUAUUUGUGCCUCCUGAGGAGGAAGUAGCGAUAGUGGACAAGUUUGCUCACUACUAUCAUACAACUAAUUUUGACUAUCGUCUUUUUAAUCUCCCGCCUCAGAUUACCUCAGUGCGAAAAGCUGGCCCUUUCCUUUAUAUUACAAAAGUUAUGGAUGAUGAUGAGGACGUGUUAAGAAAAGUAUUCAUUAAUCAAGCUGAAAUUAAGAUGUCUUUGUCUAAAUAUAUUAGAGAUCCGAAGAAGACUGCAGGCAUUGGUUAUAUGACCGACAACAUGGCGCGGAUGCAUGUAUUUGAAAAGAGCAUUUUGUUUCCACAAGCCACGGAUGAACUUUAUGAACUGGAGUGUAGACGGUCAAGAGAAGAUGAAGAAGAACACGAAACACCUGAUGAGGAAGAAGGAACUACAGAAGGAGGCGAAACUGCAGCAAAACCAUUUAGCUACGAUGAGGAGCUCAAAUGCUUGGUUGGUUUGGCGUACGAAAAGCAAAGCAAGCAAGCUUACGUAAGAUCUGUGAUCUUGGAAAGGGGUAGUCAGUACGCAGAGCGCAGUGUAAUCGUUGAAUUUGCUAAGCCAAAUAUACCUGUAAAGAAUGGUGUGGUACACCUCAUUAAAAAUGUUCUUUGUCAUAUUAAUGAAAAGGUCGUAAGUGCUAUAAGAAACCCAAGAAUAACCAAUGCGAAGCAUUUCAGUUCCUUUGUAGCAGGACUCCAUUCGAAGCUAUUGGAGAAUUUGGACAGGGAAACUUUAUUAACCGCAUUUAUUCCGAUAAAUCAUACGAAUUUAAAUGAAUUUUUAAGUUCUCGUGAAGGAAACACAAUGGAGAUGAAAAGAGACACUUUCCUUAGGCAUAUUGUGAAAGGUCGAUACAGUUCUGAAGAUAUUAAGGAAAAAGGAGGAGAAGUGUUAAUUACUGCUGGAAUGCGUGAAAUUCCUCUUAAAUUUUACUUUGUACCGGAUCCGCAUGAGAAGGGCAAAGAACUCGCUAUCGUAGAAUGCCGUGGCCAUAAUACUACCGUGGAAUUAUUUGAUAUGGAUAAGGAAAAUGGCAUUGUUCAUCUAGUAUAUAAUGUGCUUGGAUUUUUCGGUGGCACAAUUUACGAUAGAUUGGCAUCGGAUGAGUUUCAAAGCUACAGGGAUACCUUACGUAUAGCCGAAUUUUCGGGUUUCAAUGAGGAAAUAAAAAAGACUAACCAGAAGUACACUUACUUUGUACCGAGCAGGGAAGCUUGGAAACUCAUCGCAGAUAAAUACCCUCCGGCGAAAAAACAUUUAUUUAUGCCUGAAUUUAAAUUUCAAUCCCGUUAUCUUUUGGAACGCCAUCUUGUCAUUAAUGAUGAGUAUACGGCAGAGGAUCUAGCAACAAUGACGAGAACAGUAGCUAGGGCGAUCGUCUUACCACUGCUGAGGGAUUUUUUACGAAUUAAAGUUUCCAGAAUUAGGGAGGAAGAGAGCGGUAAAAAAAUUGUAUUUCCUACAGAUUACCUUAUACGCUAUAAUUCACUGGAAAUCAAGAUCGUUCAUCGGGAUAUUUAUUGUUCAAAUGGCAUUUUUCACGUAAUUGAUUCGCCAUUUUUGGAAAAAGAUGAUCUUACCAUAAUACGUGAAGUUUCAUCAAUCAAUAGUAACCCAUAG